AUGCCGGCUGCUCCCGCUCCGAGUUCUUCGAGCUUCUUGGUCGUGCUCCCAUUCCUUGCUUGGAGGCUGGGGCCUGCCGGCCCAUGGCCUGCAUACGUAAGAACAAGGGGCAUGUCAUGUCACCUCUUCCUACCUUUUCCCUCCUUUAACUUGUCCUCUCAUCCCAAUUGCACCACAAAUCUUCAAUCAGCAUCUCUAAUCUCCAAUUAUUUGACCUCAUCUUCAAUCUAUAUAAGGACGACCACCAUGGUUCACGUAUGCCCUCAAAUGAUGCGUGCAUCCCUUCGUUCCCUCGGAGGCACUGCUCGACGACCCAUACAGCAAGCUGGGCGCCGGAUGUACGCUUCUGCUCCAGAUACCACCAAAAAAUCCAGCGAUCUUCCAUGGAUGCUGGCAUCGGUUGGCCUCGGCGUCCCCGCUGCAUUUUACUUGCUUCAGUCCAGUCCCACCAAGGUCGCUUCACACAAUCACCACGGCGAAACAAGGAUGACUGAGAGGAAGGAAGCCGAGAUCCCUCCGGAGCGUGAGACUGUUGGCCCGGAUGUGAAGCCCUCCGAGGUUGAUGAGCCUGCUGGCCGCAAGGCACCUUCGGGAGCCAACACAAUUUCUGCCAAACAGGAGGGCCUUGACAGUUCGGACACUGACAACCCUUACGUUGCAGAACCGGGAAAGAGCGUAAAGGGUGAAGGGGAGACGGACUCCGUCAAGCUGAAGGGAACUGUUGACCCUGCUCGGCCACAGCGAUGA